AUGAAGCCUUUGCAAAUAGUUUUUAUGGGCGAUCGAGAGGUUGGAAAGACAAGUCUCAUCCAUCAGUUCAUGUAUGGGGUUUUCACCGAAAGGACUUCAGCAACCCUCGGGCAAUCCUAUCACGAAACAGUACGCCUACCAAAUGGUCUGCACAAAAUGGUGGAAAUUUUGGAUACUACAGGGUUACAAGAAUUUCCCGCAAUGAGAGAAAUGUACAUUCAGAAGAGUAACCAUUUUGUAGUUGUCUACUCAGUGGAAUGUCCAAACUCUUUCUCAACAGCACAAAAUCUAUGCAACGAGAUACGAAGAAUUAAAGGAAUUCAUUUCUCGAACAUCCUUUUAGUCGGUAAUAAAAUGGACAAAGGAUCAUCAAGAAAAGUCUCAACCAACUUCGCUUUUCAAACUGCAGCUUUGGAAAUGAACAUUGGGUUUUUAGAAACCAGUGCCUAUUUGAACUUGAACGUAAACUCUAUUUUCCACUCAAUUCUGCAGAAUUGUGCCGAUGGAACUGUAGUACCAAAGAUUCAAGGAAAGCGAAGACUUAGAAUUCAUAGUGAUUCUGAAUUACGAGUCUCAAAAUCAAAAUUUGAAACUAAUAAAUCAGUGCAAAAGGUUAUCAGUAAAUCAGCAUUGACAUUAACAAAACUCUCUGAAAAAGAACUGGCCAUGGAUCCAGCGAGAAAGCAAGUGGUGAGGCGCUAUGUGUGUGACUUCUACCCGGAAUUUAAACCCGAGGAUUCCUGGAGAGUAUCGUCGCCAAAUAAACGAGUCACUGAGGCGAAACGACAAGAGACUGAAGAAGGGCAGUGUCAGGCUUGUGAUGCCCAUUGUACCAGAGAGUGA